AUGAGUUUAAAACGGCCUCGGUCUUUUUUAAAUCCUCUCCCAGAGACUAGUAGUUCUCAUAAGCGUCCCUUAAUUGAGUCACGCGACAAGAGUCCUGGAAAAUCAACUGAGAGCGAUUUUGGUGAGCUUAAGAUUGAUGACAGCUCUUGAAAGUCCUGGGUGAAAGAGCUUACAAUCACUAGUUUUUUUUUAUUUAUUUGUUUACUCGUUUCAAUCUUAUGUAUUCACCAUUAGUAAUUAUCAUUGUCUUUUACUUUUUUUGAAUCCAGAUUUUGAAAUACCCUGUGACACAAAAGCAGCCAUAUUAUUUCUGAAGUCAAUUGUACCAUUGUCGAAGUUUGAAAGGAAAAUCCCAGCCAUUAUAUUGAAGCAUCAGAUCUACUGUGUUGUCAAGGACAAGACAUCAGUGGACAGGCAGUUGGUAAGUCUGCAUACUGCAACAGCGGAAAUUCAGGACGAGCUUAAUUUUUCGUCAGGAUGAAUUUAUAGCUCAUUCACUUCUAUCGGCCAUGUUAUGGCAAAAUGAUUUGCCACAGUUGAGUUUGUUGUUGGUUCUCUCCUUUACUCUAAGAGAUUUUUCUCCGGCUACUACAGUUUUUCCCCCUUCCUCAGAAACCAUCAUUUCCAAAUUCCAAUUUGACCACCGUCCGGGUAGACGAAGAACCACCAAGUGGAUUUACUAACCCUAAAUCAUCAUGUGUGUUUUUUCCUAUUUUUUAAUUAAAUAUUUGGCCGCUAUUCAGAUUGAAAAGGUUUGCUCCUCCAUGAGCCCAAUCAAAAUGUUUUGGCCUACCAUACGGUAAAUGGCCGCUUAUAAGCCCACCCCCAGUUACAGACCUACCUACUUGUAAACAAAAAAUACAUCCAAUUAUACCGGUAAGUUCCCCUCUAGCUUGUACUGAAAUGAAUUUGAUUAAUAUGUAUUAUGGCAUUUUAAAACCUAAUUAAAAACCAGUAAAUGCAAAUGGUAUUUUGGUCAGCACUGCCACAGCUUGCUUCAAAGCAUUUUUUCUAGACCAGUUAUAUUAAGCCCGCUGAGAUAUAAGCCCCUCUGUUUAUAAGCCCUACUAAACCCCUUAUGAAGAUGUAUAAGACCAGAGCUUAUAAGCGGCAGUUUACGGUAGUCUUGUUUUCUAACCUUUUAUCUAUUCAGAUUCUUUCUACAGUGUAUGGUAUCGAAGUUUUUUUGCUAACUUCCUUUUCAUCCUGUGUACAUCAACUUGUUUGUAUGACCUAAACGUGUUUGGAAGGCUUAUGUUUUACAAACAACAUUGUGUUUUGAGCUUCAUCAUGAAUAAGUAACUGAGUUUUUUUUGUUUUCAGAAUAAUCUCUGGGAAGAGAAUGAGGUUCGUCUUUUCAAACUAACUUCAGGAUCUGACGAGUUUGGUGUUGUACUUACUGAGGACUAUGUUUCUCAUGUCAAGUCAAGAGUCAGUGAUCCAAAGGUUCUUCUUACAAUAGGUUAGCACUAGAUGAAGGAAAAUGUGGGUUAAUACAAAAUGCAUGUUCUUAGAAAUUAAACAUAUGUCCAUUUCAUGUUUUCCCCUUUUCUGUUUUACCUUAUUAGUUUAGUUUAUUUAUCAAUUAUUCGUAGAGCCCGAAUGGGCUCAGAGUCAAUAGCCCAUUCGGCCUUUGGCCUCAUGGGCUAUUGACUCAGAGGCCAUGAGGGCAAGAGGAAUAUUGUUUUAGUAAGAUCGAAAUAGCUGGUCAAAAAUAUGGAGAAUAAAACUUUUUAGCUAGUUAAAGCUAGACUUUAAUCCUUUUUUGCGACCAAAAAGCCCGUGCUUUUUGCUACUAGUGGAUAUAGCCUAGGAGUAGCUCAACCAAUCAGAAUGCAGUAUUGAUAAUAGACCACUAGUUGGAUUUUACUAAUUUGUCACAGUACUAUGAUUGUGUGUUUGAUGAUGAGUGUUAUUGAGGACAAACUAGGGGUAUACCAUGGAUAAAAUGACAUUGAGCCACAAUGUAUGGAUAAAAACUGGCUGAUACAUUACAACAAAAAUUUAUUGUAGUUUUAGUGGUGAUUUUUAUUAAAUGAAUCUAGGAAUAAAUAAAUAUCUGCCUGGGUAUUGUUUUUAACAUUAAUGAUAAUGCUUUGUCCAUUUGAUUAUUUUAAAACCUUUCUGAUUUUUUCUAACAGAUAAAUUUGUCAGUAGCCUUCUCCCAAAUCAUUCAGAUGUCAGUAUAAGUAAAAAGGAUGUAUCUAACAGAUUUAGACUGUCAGAAGAAGAUAUCACGUAUGUAGUCUUGUUGAUGUACCAUAAUUAUUAUGGUGGGUGGUGUUCAGAUGACUCCACGGAGGUUACGGAGGGAACCUAAAAAGCUUUUCGCUCAAACAGGGAGCCACUCACUUAAACUCAUGAGGUUGUCCUUACCUUUUCACUCCAAUUCACGUUAAUUGUAUUUAAAGCUCAUUAAAUCACCCAAAACAGAUUGUUUUUAUCUUCAGCCAUCUUGUAUGACCGCCAUCAUGGACUGGUUUCCAGUCCUUAUCCACAAGGGAUGUUGAUAGCUGGUGGCUCUCCGUAUUCCAAAAUGACUCCUUUGUGCAAGUGUCUUCAAUAAAGAAAAAAUGAUUUUCAAAUGGUAGAGGUUAUCCUGUAUUUACAGCUCAUUAUCACCCUGAUUGUUUUUAUCUUCAGCCAUCUUGUAAGCACUGGUGUCCUUACCACAAGGGAUGUUGAUAGCUGGUGGCUCUCCGUUCCUGGUGCAGGUGUCUUCAUGAAAAACUUUUCAAAUGGUAGUAUACGUCAUAGUUUCGAGUAAUAUGGCUUCUCUCCUUGCACAUGCUUAGAGUUGCUAAAUUUGUGUCAAAAUAAAUUCUCUAACAUAAAAAUUCAGUGCUUUUAAUCUGAAACGAAAAAUGGGCUUUAGCUCUCAAAAAUGUUAUCACAUUUACUUUAUUUACAGUGUGCAAUCUAAGGCUUGUGACAGCCUAAAAGUUCUAGUUUUGUAAUAAAUAUAUCCCCAUUUUGUAAUUUGUAUUGGUCGACCAUCCGGCUCUCCUCAUCUUGUUUUGUAUUUUAGGAAGAAAAGCACUUAUUCGCAUGAUCCGACAACGCAAGUACCGUGAAAUUCUUGAGAGGGUAAUAGUUUUACAUUUGUAUUUUUUUAAGACACGUUGAUACAUUUGCAUUGUAUAUGUACAUAAGAUUGCUACUUUAACAAAAACUACCCAUUUAAUAUUCAGGGCUAGUUUGAAAGUCUGAUAUAUUAUUGAGAGUUAUGUCAAUGAAACAGAACUCACAAGUAAGGUAUUGUGUGAAGGGUUUCUAAUGGAACCAAGGACUAACACAUGGAACCAAACACAUUUCUUUAGAGAGAGUGGAUAAUGUUAGGUACAUUUGAACUCUUGUACAAAUAAUUACCCAGUUUGUUAUUGGCAUAACUUUUCUGUUAGCGACUACCUAUGACCCGUCUUUGAAUGGAGAACCUUUGACUUGUUUUCAUUCAACCUGACGGACAGUUUGAAAAUUUUUGAAAAUUUGGACAAGAUUAUUCUGGAUUGGGCAGGAUAAAGCAAUUGUAGUUGCAAUAUACAUCUUGUGGUUCAAUUUUAUCCUUGGUUUAAAUUUUAUUUUCUUUUGUUUUUGGGUAUGGAAAUGUAUGAUAAUGAUUUAUAAACGAAAGAAAAUAAAAAUUAAACCAAGGAUAAAAUUGAACCACAACACACACACACACAUACACAAAAAACAUCGAAAUCUGACAGGAACCAAAGUCUGGACAAACGACACUUUUUUGUUCUUUUCACUAAUUGUUUGGCCUGAGUAUCAGGCGUUUCUGGGGGAAAAGGGAAAGAUGGAAGCGAAAAAGGGAGAAAUCUCCUCUCCCCCAGCCCCUUAGGAAAGCCUGAUACUCAGGCUACUUAUUGUUCUGGGCCCAGUUGUUCGAAGGCCGAUUAGCGCUUAACCUGAGGUUAAAUUUAACCCAGGUUUCUUUUUCUUGUGUUUAAAAGAAUUUUCUCGGAUAAUUUUCUCUGUUAUUUUUAAAGUUUUCAAUAAGCAACUUGUCGACAAAAAGAAUUAAAACUGAAAGGAUUUUUAAGCUUUCAUAUCUGAAUUCAAAUCUCGCACUAACCCUGGGUUAUCUUAACCCAGCUUUGAACAACUCGGCCCUGAUAUGUAAACUGACAGAUGCAAAGCAAAUAAAAAGGUUUUAAUGUUGGACUGUUGGUGCUGAUAUAUAGGAUAAUACUUAGUCACCAAGGCCUUCUUAAAACUACUUAAUGUCCGAGCUCUUACCCCCAGGAAUAUUUGUACCCCAUUUCCAUUUCGUGUCAAUAAUUUGUCCACAUACUGUAACACGAUUGGAACCGGUCUGAGUCCCGCAACUCCGGUAAAAGUCGACGUAGUUAUUUAUUACACUCAAUAUAAAAGCCCUCGGAUGGACUUUGCUAAUGUCCAAAUACUUAUUACUGUCUGUUACUGUAGAUGAAUUGGUUUUGUUUUUUUGUUUAACAGGAUCUGCUCUCUCGGAAAUUUGACGGCCAUUCCAAGCUAGGCAUUGCUUACCAUAUUUACGACAUCAUUGGUGCGGAAAUUGUGAAGAGGUAUGAGUUAGGUCAUUGAAAGAGCACUCCUUUGAGGCCUCUUUGGUGCCACAGUAAACUUUUUAUGCUAUUUAGAGAGAAGAAAAAAGCAAGAAAGCUUUCUUACUAGUAGAAACGUUCACAAACGAGAGAGAACGAAAGAGACGAAAACUGCAGAGGGGCUGGUCAUUAUUUAUCGGGAGGGGGAGCUGGUGCAAAUAGGGGGUGGGCCACCAUUUUUUAUGCACGGCUUGAAGGGGGGGGCAUUAAAAAAUAUGCAAACGUUUUGCCAGCAAAAAUGUUAAAAGCUGUGCCUGGAUGCCAUCAACAAAUACAGCCUAUUAAAAUAGCUUUAUACAACACCUUUUAUUAACACUUACAAAUCAGUAUCUUACAACAUUGAUCUUAUUUCUACUGUAAACAUAACCAGCACCAUCAUCAUCAUUGUUGUUGUCCUCAUAUUUAAUAAUCAUCAUCAUUGUCAUCAUCACCAUUACCAUUGUUGUCAUCAUCACCAUUGUCAUCAUUGUCUGCAUCAUCAUCAAUAUCAUUGUUGUCUUUAUCAUCAUCAUCAUCAUCAUUACUGUCAUCAUCAUGGGCAUUAUCUGGUUCUAGGUUAGUGUUUUCUUUUCUUGGAAAAUUGUCUACAUAUUCACUAAUCAAGUUUGCAGCUUCAGUAGACAGGAGAUACAUAAGUUGUAGAUAUUUUACUUGAAACAAUGAUAAUGUAGAUAGAACUUCCAAUUUUAGGUUUUGGAUUUGAAUUACUUCAGAUGCAGAAGCAUUCGAAAUAAACUCUCGCACUUUCUGUAUGUUGGCAGCUUUUCUCGAAACUUUCCUUCUUUUGGCUUUCCUUCGGUUCUCUUUCUGAGAAUGCUUUUUGGUUUUUGCGUUCACAUGGGGGGCAUAUUGGAACAUAUUUGAUAUCUUCUCUAACUUUCCCUUAAGGCUUUCUUCUAUUUCUAUCACCCUUUCUUUAACUUUUAUAAGUUUGCCGAUAAGUUUUUCAUCAAAUGUUUUUGGGUGGUUGUGCCCUGGAAGCUGUUUCCCUGCUUUGGAGAAAUGAGUACAAAGAAGCGAAAGAGAAAGAGGAGUCGACUGAAGAAGAAAAAAUGAUUGAGAGUACCGAGAACUUUAAUGUCAAUACGACAAUUGUCUACACACGGUCUGGGCGAAGAGCAACUCAAAUCCAAAUUUAAGGUAGCUUUAAAUAGAAUGUCUAUCAGUUGGACAUGAUGACUUGAUAAAUACAUACUUUUUGUUUCAUGCAUGCCGGAGGACAAGGGGGGAUGGGGGGAGGGGUCAGCAAAAAUCAUGUUAAAGUAAAAGGGGGGGUCAGCAAAAAUCAAGCAUGGCAUAUUUUACAUUGCACCAGCCCCCUAUAAACAAUGACCAGUCCCUCAGAAAAAAUGUCUAUUUUUAUUUAAGGAUUAAAUUAACUGCAAAAACCGUGGACGAAGAUCCUGCUGGUUGUAAACGCUGGAUCUCUAGAAAAGAGAUCAAAUCAGCCAAAAUAUAAAGAAACAAGAACGAGAAGUCCGAAGACUACAGCAAAGCUGAUUUUGUUUCUAUUUUUAUUUACCAGAAUUGCCUUUUCUAUUUUUUUGGCCGCCUGUAAUGUAAUGAGCUUAUCCCUGACUUUCUCGCGCAGCAGGUUAAUUGUAUGUAUAUGGAAAUAAACAAAGCGAAAAAUGACAAUUUCUCAUCUAGAACGUCGUCUCUUGAAUGUUCAUAAAGUUCCUCGAAGAAAACAUUCAUUCGUGAAGCCCAUCGGGCAAAAGCGCGUAAGCAUAUUUUUACGAUUCUCGAUCGCCGAGAAAAAAAUGACAUGGUUCUAGUGAAACUUUGUGAAUAUCACAAUGUUUAAACUAUUUUCUUUUCCAAUUUGAAGGAACUGUUACAAAAUACUGUCCUACGAGACCAAAAUAAUAUUUUUGAGAGAAGACGUAUGAAAGGGUUUGGUUUGUACAUAAUUUUCACAAACAAAAUUCUCUCAUCUUUUAAAACACUGAUCUUUCCUUUUGUCCUUUUUUUUGCUUGAAGUGUGGAAACCACUUCAGGUCGGUUACUUAGACUGGAUAUUCAAUCAGAAAGCCGAGCGAGAUCCAACAGAUAGCGAUGAUUAAGAGGACCGGGCAAGCAGUUGUGCAAGAACAGUUAUGAACGAGCGACACUGUAGGGACUCUGGGCGUCUGGUGAAGACUCGAGUCGGUUGCCAGGCAACGUCAUUGAAGCAGCGACUGUUCAAGUGAUUGACAAGCGAUCCCCUUCUUACGAAUCAUACUUUGAGAGUCCUUUGAAUGUAUUAGUCGAGUGCGCUCGGUCUUGUUCUUUUUUUCUGUUCUGCAUAUGUACACAAAGCUGUAAUCUCCAAGUUAGAAUCCAGGCCCAAAGGAGCGAGUCACACUUGUUGAGGACGGUAAAGUUUUGGAAAGUGUGAUUUAUUUAUACGCCACGUUUAUGGUCUUGUACAACCGCAACUUUGAAAAUAUGUUUUAAAAACUCCGCUAAUAUAGACAUGAUUAAGGAUUGUUCAAAUUAAAAAGUUUUUGAAUUUU